UACAUUUAAGAAGGAACAGCACACCCAAGAUAGAGUCAGUGUGUUCCCACAGCAUCUCAGCUGCAGUGUGACUUGUUGUGAGAAUGUAUUUUAAGCAAGACAGAAGUGCUAGACCCUGUCCAGGGGGAGGGAAGUGCCAGAGAAUUUAAAAUAUUGCCCCUCCCACUGCCUAUAAUCUGCUGGCACCGUGCAGCCUGCUCCCAGUCAGUGCUUGGGAACUGCCUGCUCGUUGUCAGGGUCCCAACCCUCGCCAAAAUGUCCAGGAUGAGUGUGCCUCAGCUCAGACCCCGUCAACGCUCACCGUGAUCCCUCAGAAGGGGUCUGACACCCCUCCGCACAGCUCUCGGCUCAGGUUUUCUGGUCGGGGAGAUGGUGACCAUCAAGGUGAUGCUGCUGGGCAGUGAGCUGGUGGGGAAGACCUCCCUCAUCGUCUGCCUGACCACCCGCAUCUUCCCUCGGGACAGCCUGCCCACCGUCUUCGACACCUUCAGCACCCAGAUAACGGUGAACGAGCGGACGGUGGUGCUCAACGUGUGGGACACGGCGCCGCAGGAGGAGCACCGCCUCUCCGUCCGCCAGUUCUACUACCCGCUCACCGACGUCUUCAUCAUCUGCUUCUCCAUCGGCGACCCCGCCUCCUUCGAGCGGGUGUGGAGCGACUGGUACUCCGAGGUCCACCGGCUCCGGCCCAACGCGCCCGUCCUCCUGGUGGGCACCAAGAAGGACCUGAGGCACGACUCGGCCACCAUCCUCGGCCUGCUGCAGCACCAGUCGGCCCCCGUCACCUACCAGCAGGGCGUGCGGCUGGCGCGGCGCAUGAGGGCCGCCAAGUACGUGGAGUGCUCGGCGCUGCUGCGCGACGGCGUGGCCGAGGUGUUCGAGGAGGCCGCCCGGGCCGUGCUGCGCGCCGGCCACGCCAAGCGCGCCAGGGCCUGCGUGCUGACGUGACGCGGGGGGGGGGGGGGGCGGUGAACGCGCCAGGAGCCCAGCCAAUCCCCGUCGUCCGACGGCCAGUGUGGCGGGAAACUGAGGGCGGGGUCAGACCCCGGAGCGGACAACACCCUUCCCCCCCCCCCGCCAUUGUCCGACCCCCGGUGUGGCGGGAAACUGAGG